AUGCCAACAUUGGUCGUGACGAGCGCUAAUGGCGAAAAAACCACCAUCCACCAAUCUAUGACUAUCCUAGAAUACCCGGAGGAGAGAUUUCCGGACAGAUCUCCACUUCUCCCUACUGCAUUGCGAGAUCGAGUGCAGGUGCGCGAUCUUGUGAACAUCAUCGCGAUUGAUACACAGCCCCCUACGAACUCCCGUGUCGCGAAACGAGUGAAGGCAAUCCGUUGCAGUCUGGGCGAUCAGACUGAAUUCGUUAUACAGGCCUUUACGGAUGGGUUCAAAGCCUAUGAGAACUUGCUGGCAAAGCAGGAUAGAACGGGGAUUUAUUCCUUUGGUGAUACGUUGUCUAUGGCGGAUGUGGUUCUGGUCCCCGCGGUUGAUCAGGCUUUGUUCUACCGAUUCGAGCUGGACGGGUUUCCUAAUAUUAAGCGUGUCUAUUCCGCUCUCAAGGAAUUGGAGCCCUUCAAGGCUGCAGAUUGGCGAAAUCAGGGGGACACGCCGGAGAAGUUCCGGAGUCAUGACAUUUAG